CACGUUAAAGUUAUUAGGGAAUUUUUUAUGUCAUUUCAAAUAUGAAUUUUUAUCACACAUCACUGAAUAUCAAACUAAUAAGAAAUAUCUUGCUUGAUUAUGAUGCUGCUCACGAAAUCUCUCCAUAUGAAUACAUGCAGACCUAUAUUGAAAAAUGUUCUCGUCAAACAGGCAACAUAAAACUUACUUGGAUUGCUGAAACAUUCUUGGGUAUACAGAAACACAAAUCAUUUUUAAAAGCAAUUUCUGGCCGAUUCUCUGAAAAGCUCACCGAAGAAGAGCGAGACUACUUCAUGAUUAUCUUUCACGCUGUAAUUUUUCAAGUUGGUCCAAAGGAUAUGGACCUUUUAUUCAAAACUUUGUUUAAUGUAAGUAAAUCAUUGUUGGCUACGUUCACCAAAUUUUUAAGUAACAACGAAAUACUUACUUAUAUAUCUGAUGUUGCUCAAGAUAACUAUGAUACCAAAUAUGUAACCGAGAAAAUUAUCAACCCAUUGUUUACUUGGCAACCCUACAUAAGUGAAAUGGCUCACAGUUAUGCCAAAUAUCUUAAAAAAGUUGAAAGGCGUAGAAUGAAACCACCUACCAUACCAGUACAACCUACUGUCUUGAACAGGAAAAGUAAGAAAGAAACAACUUCCUUACCAGAAAUACUUCCAAAUGUUCCACCAAACUCUAGAAUUCGUAUCAAAAACAAAAUAAUGCUUACUAAAAGCGUAAUUGAUAGACGAUUGCAAACUUUAAAAAAUAAUAACAAACAAAAAGCUACAAAUUUGUUGAAUACUGUUAAAAAAUCAGAUUUUCACUAUGCCCAACCAAAAUCGGACGAUAUUUAUCAAAAAAAUAAAUAUGAAAUAGAUCGAAUAGAUUCUUUGCCAAGGUCAAAGAAAAUUAUAUCAAAAACAAAUUUACCUCCCAUUCGAGAAAAUGUUGCAUUAAUUCAAAGAUGUAAUAAGAGAAAACAGCAAAUUGAACAAGAAGAAAUUGAUUGGGUUAAUGAUUUGCUGUCUUGCUGUAGAAAUCAAUCGAGGGUUGAGGAGUUAGAUGAAUUGGAAAGGAGUGAAAAGGAAAAAGAAAGAUUAUAUGAUAUAGAAAGAAAACAUUUAUUGGGUCAGAUAUCUUAUGAAGAGGCUAUAUUAGCUAAAAAGAAAGUUCACGAGCAAAAUAAGAAGAAAUACGAAGAAUAUCUUACGGAUAAAAAAUUGUGGAAUGAUGCUAUCGAGAAAUGGAAGAUGAUACAAGUCCAACAUUCCAGAGAACAAGUGGAAAAGUGCUUGAUAACGGAUCUUAAUAUUGCAGCGGCAAGAAAUGAAAUUGCAGAAAGGAAAAAAGAAAAUGCUGCAAACAUAAAAAAGGAAACUGCAGACUUGCAGGCAGAAUACCUAAAAUUAAAGCAGGAAGAAAUGGAAAAAAAAAUUAAAAUGAUAAAAGAGAUUAAAGUGUUAUCUUUAAUCGCAAAGAAAGCUAAAGCUCCCAAGAUUGUUGAUUUAACCGAAUCGUCCGGAUUGGGUCUAUUGUGCGAAAUGUCCAUAGCUGAGCUACAGGAGAGAAUAGCAGCAAUGAAAAUUGGUAUAAAAGAGGAAUUAGACAGAAAAAAAGCUCUGAUAAGGGCCAAUAAUGACACAGCAAAGAAAGAGUAUGACGAAGUUACUCAAUCCGUUAAGAAAUUUAUGUCCGAACGUGAGUGUAUUCGAAAACUAAACAUUGGUAAAAUUAACAAUAAACCUAACAUCACUCUUGACGCAGUAUCUUCUAAAGAAAUAGAAGAUUUGAAAAAAAUGUUAGAGCGGAAGAGAAGUCUGCGUAUGAACAUGUAG